AUGGCAGCGCUCUUGGAACUGCGGCAGGGCACGUCGGAGAUUUCAGCACUUGGCAGAACGACUCGCUGGCAGGCAGCGAUAGCCAGGCUGCGGGCUCUGCACAGCGAAGACCUACAGCCCGGUAUCAUUACGUACAACGCGCUCCUCCAUGCCUUGGACAAGGGCUCGCAGGUGGAGAAGUGCAUGGAGCUCUUGGCUUCCCUACCUUCCUUGCAGCUGCAGUCGGACAUCGUCACCCUCUGCACGGCUGCCACUUCACACAGCCGAGGCCUGCAGUGGAGCUCGGCGCUGCAGCUCCUGGCCGCCGCAAACCAGCAAGGACUCCCAACGAACACCUUCGCAGGGAACGCGGCAAUGAGCGCGGCCGAGCGGGGUGGCAACUGGCCGUUGGCGGCAUCCAUGCUCUUCGAGGCAAUUGAGCGAGGCCCAGAGCCAGACCGCAUAUCCUUCAAUACUGUCAUCACGGCACUUGGGCGGAGCAGUCAGUGGAGGGCAGCCUUGCAGCUGCUUCAGGACUUCGAGACACGCAAGCUGGAGCCAGGCGCCAUAUCUUUCAAUGCUGCCAUCGCCGCAUGUGCCGCAACAAGGGACGCUGAUGCGGAGAGCGCCCCCUGGCAUUUGGCGCUGCACUUACUCAGGAGAGGCCGGACUGUCAUCGUAGACUUUCCGAGACUGGAGGCGAGCUCUUCCUUGCUCAGUGCUUGUGGCAGAGCUGCUCGCUGGCAAACAGCUCUUCUAGCCUUUGGCGAGAUGCACGACUGGGGCCCGAAGCCAGAUGUGGCAGCUUGCGGGGCAUUAUUAGAUGCUUUCGCCAGGGCAGGCCUUUGGUUAUUGGCUUUGAAUCUACUGAACAAGAUGGCUUGUACCUCCUCCCUUCCAAAGCCGGACAUCGCAGCCUACACAGCGGCCAUCAGUGCUUGUGCCGCUGCGUACAAGUGGGAGCAGGCUAUCUCUUGUUUGCUGGACAUGCGUGAACAGCUCGUGCCGGUCAGUGCGGCUGCAUACAACGCCGCAGCGUUGGCAUGUGAACGUGCAGUCCAAGUUCAGCCACUCGUGGACCUGGUAGACAGCAUGCGGACAGGGCACCUGCAACCCGACUCCAUCACAUUCCUGGCCUUGACCAGUGCUUUGGGCAAGGGGCAUCAGUGGGAGCAGGCUUUGGGUGAGUUUGCCAGGGUGCGUUCUUCAGCCGUGCAACCUUCAAGGAACCUGGUCAACAGUGCAAUCACUGCAUGUGAGAAAGGCCAUGCCUGGCUUUCGGCAGUGUCAGUAUUUCGAGAGCUGCGCACCUUGAGGAUCACGCCGAAUGUCGUCUCCAGCAGUGCAACCAUCACUGCAGCUGCGGGAAACGAGGAAUGGCUACCGGCUCUUCGCCUACUUGACAGCAUGAGAUCUUGGCAGGUGCAGCCUGACACGAUUGCUUGGAAUUCAAUGCUGGAUGCAGCCCAGCUGUCAUCCCAGUGGGAGUUUGCAUCCGAGCUACUCGGCAACAUGGCCUCAGGCAGUGGUCAUGUCGGUGUCUUGGCACUACUCGCUGCGGCUGUUGCUUCUGAAAAUGCCGAGCAUCCGGACACACUUCUGCGUUUAAUUUCAGAGCUGAAGCACCAAAGUGGAAAGGAGCUGCGUAGCGAAGCUUGCAAGCAACGAGGGCAUCGAGAGGUUGACACGGAGCCUAGCAGCUUGUCACACCUAAUAGAGGUGCACGAACUCCUGAUGACCCACGGAGCAGCUUCUUCAGAGCUUCAGGAGGGAACAGCCACGGCCAUUUUCCGGCCCUGCCUAACAUCUUUGCAAGGCUUGUGUGACCACGGCGUUCGCCGGGACCACACCUCAACUGGAUCUCAGCUUUGGGAGCCCGUGCUGGAGAGGCAGUUCAGCCUAGGCAACACCUUCACCCUCCUUGCAUUGGGCCAUGGUAACAUGGCCAAGCAAGGCUGCAAGUGGUCCAGCACGGCCGCCCACCAGGCCAGGCACAUCUCCCACGCCCAGCUGGGUUAUCAGAAGGCACCCAUGGCGCCGUCCGCCGAGGGCUUGGCAGGAUGGUUCGCUGCCACAGAGGGACAGAAGGGACAAAAGGGACAAAAGGGCCAAGACCGAGGCCAGGUCGUGGGAUAUGGGGGCGAAGGCGAAGGGCGGGGACUGCUGCGUCCCGUGUUCGUGCAGCACGACCGGUCCAGGCAUGCAGAGAGGCUGGCGCUCACGCAAGUGAUUCUGUGGUGGCGGGCUUGA